AUGUCGCUCAACAAGACCAUCACGCUCAACGACGGCAACAAGAUCCCGCAAAUCGGCCUCGGCACCUGGCUCUCCAAGCCUGGUGAGGUUGAGAACGCCGUCGAGAUCGCUGUCAAGGCCGGCUACAGGCACCUCGACCUGGCCAAGAUCUACCAGAACCAGCACGAGGUCGGCGCUGCUCUCAAGAAGCUCAUCCCCUCGGUCGUCAAGCGCGAGGAGCUCUUCAUCACCUCGAAGCUCUGGAACACGGCUCACAAGCCCGAAAACGUCGAGGCGGCCUACAACGACACGCUCAAGGAGCUCGGUCUCGACUACCUCGACCUCUACCUCAUCCACUGGCCCGUCGCCUUCAAGGCCGGUAACGACCUCGUCCCCAAGACCGAGGACGGCAAGCAGACCGUGCUCGACCGCGAGACGUCGAUCGUCGACACCUGGAAGGCGCUCAUCGAGCUGCAGAAGGCCGGCAAGGUCAAGUCGAUCGGUGUUUCCAACUUUACCAUCGAGCACCUCGACGCGAUCAUUGACGCUACUGGUGUCGUCCCCGCCGUCAACCAGAUCGAAGCCCACCCUCUCCUGCCCCAGGACGAACUCGUCUCGUACGCCGCGAAGAAGAACAUUCACCUCACUGCCUAUUCUCCUCUCGGCAACAACCUCUCUGGGAAAGCGAAAAUCGUAGACUACCCGCAGGUGAGCGAAGUGGCGCAAGCAUAUAAAGCAGACCCUGCGCAGGUGCUCGUGGCCUGGGGCGUCAAGCGCGGCUAUUCGGUGAUUCCCAAGAGUGUCACCGAGAGCCGCAUCAAGUCGAACUUUGAGCAGCUCGAGCUCAAGGACGAGGACUACGAGAAGGUCACCAGUCUGUACAAGGAGCUCGGAAAGGUUCGCUUCAACGUGCCCUACACGUACACCCCACAGUGGGACAUUAACGUCUUUGGCGAGGACUCGGAGAAGGACGCCAAGUACAAGGUCAAGACCAAGUAA